GGCACGGGGACACUGCUCAGGGCAUCGUCUUGAUUCAGCGCUCUUUCGACAUGCAGGCCUUUCUGGUUCUACUCGUAUCGCUGCUAUCAAAUGCGCCGUUCACACAGCCGUUGCCCCUGGUCUCGUUCCCAGUAUCUACUCCCCCAGCUGACGACUACUAUUUCAGGCUCCCGUUCGGUAGUUACCCCAUACCCUUGGCGCACCUAGCUGAUGUUCAACCGGUAUCUUCAAUAAUGGCAUCGUUACCCGCCUACCGUUUAGACAACCAUCCCGUCAGUCCAAGCUUCACGGGGCAAGCAGACACUGCUCAAGGCAUUCAAGGCAUCUUCCUGAUUCAGCACUCUUUCGACAUGCAGCCAGCCAAGCCAGCCAACUGGGCCAUGUGGGUCAAGUUGGUCCAGCGGGCCAAGCGGGACACGCCUGCCACCCCGGCCACGCCGGCCACGCCAGCCACCCCGGCCACCCCGGCCACGCCGGCCACUCCGGCCACUCCAGCAACUCGGGCAACGCCAGCCACCCCGGCCACGCCGGCCACUCCGGCUACGCCAGCCAACAGCCAAGCCGGCCAAGCCGGGCAAGCGGGCCAAGCCGGCCAACUGGGCCAAGCCGGCCAACUGGACCAAGCCGGCCAACUGGACCAAGCCGGCCAACUGGACCAAGCCGGCCAACUGGACCAAGCCGGUCAAGCGGGCCGAGCGCGCCGAGCCGACCAAGAGGGCCGAGCUGGCAGACCCGGCAGACCCGGCCGAGCCGGCAGACCCGGCAGACCCGGCAGACCCGGCCGAGCCGGCAGACCCGGCCGAGCCCGCCGAGCCGGCCAAGCCGGCCAAGCCGGCCAAGCGGCCAAGCGGGCCAAGCGGCCAAGCCGGCCAAGCCGGCCAAGCCGGCCAACCCGGGCAAGCCGGGCAAGCGGGCUAAGCCGGGCAAGCGGGCCAAGCCGGCCAAGUAGGCCACGGCCGCUACGGCCGCUACGGCCGCCACGCCGGCCACUCCCGCCACGCCGGCCAUGCCGGCCAUGCCGGCCACUCCAGCCAAGCCAGUCAGUUAGUUAAUUAGUUACAUUCAGCCAUUUGCUCUUUUAUUUAGCUAAUUCAUCUUCAUAAAGGCACCUUCACUACUACAGAACUCAAUAAAAAUAGAAUAUAACCCCGAGAGAGAGAGAGAGAAACGGGGUGGGAAAGGCAGGGAGGUUAACCCAAAAAGAUUCUGCCUUGCUACCCUGCACUGGGGGAAGGGGAAAUGAAAGGUGGAAAGAAUAGGUAAGAGAAAAAACCCCGGAACCCCGGAAAGAAGCACAAUAUAAUGAGAAUAUUUUAAUAUUUUUUGAAAAGGAAAAUACUAAUAAACAGGUCUUUCUCACUUUUUUGUGGGCGCAUUGACAUUAAUUUCCAGCGUUAUCUCGUCCACAUCUUUUUGAAGUGAGGCCUUCAUUUGCUCUAGCGUAGGCUCUUUAUUAACGGAAAUGAAUCACUCAUGCAAUGAAAACGGAAUAAGAGCUUUCUUUCUUCGUCGAAACCUGCAAGCGAUAUCACAAAAUGUAAACUAUUUGCUGAUUAGCUGUACGCUAACAAUGAUCUGUAUCCGUGUACUGCUUACACGACAUACUUACAGCUUGUAGUCGUCCAAUACGAAGUGUUGGAAGUUUCGAUUUCAAACUUUUCCCUAUCUGCGAUUUGCACAUCGCCAAGAAUCGUGGCUUUAACAAGUGCUGGGAAGCGUAUACCCUCCCUGCCUCCUGGAAGCAUUGAAAAAUCCUAUUUAUCCCAAAAUCCCACAAGCAUAUUCCCCUCGAGAACAUCCGCUCCAUUUCUCUUACAUCCUGUCUCGGCAAGGCCUUCGAGCACAUAAUCCUUGUCCGACUAACAACGUACAUGGAAGAGAAUCACCAUUUCCCCCACAGUAUGGUGGGCUUUCGUCCACAUCUAUCUGCACAGGAUGCUUUAUUCUAAAUUACGCUUGACGUGCUUGAUGUUACCACCCCCCAUCUCACUAAAGCCAUCCUGGGAGUUGAAGUCACUAAGACAUUUGACAGAAUUCGACGCUGCCAUCGUACGGGAACUGCAGGCACUACGGGUAGGCCCUAAAACCUACAAAUACGUUCGCGCCUUCCUCUCUGGCCGCACUGCCUCCUUGCACAUUGAUGAGCUCCGCACACCCCCUAUACACUCGGCGAGUUCGGAAACCCUCAAGGCGCGGUUCUCUCCCGAUUUCUAUUUAACAUUGCUCUCAUCCCCUUAGCCCAGAAACUCAAUCUCAUCCCACACCUAAAGCACACCCUUGUACGCUGAUGAUAUUACCACAUGGACCACUCAUGGCAUCAUCUAUCGGGCUCGAGUGUUCCCCCUCAAAGUCCACGCUCCUCCUAAUUAGACCAAAAUCUGCCGCUAACUCGCCCAUCCAAAUCACUAAACGAGGAUGCCCUAUCGCCCUCACUCCCACCCUGCGCAUCCUUGGCCUCUACCUGCAGCAUUCCGGAUGCAAUACCGUACCCUUCAAACACUCAAGUCCUUUACGCAAUCAGUGUUGCAGAUACUGCGGUGCGUAUCUUCCCUACACAAGGUUUUAGACGAAACAGACAUGAAAGUUGUGCAUGAUUUUACGCUUAGCCACAUUCUGUACACCACCCCAUAUCUUAAGCUGAACCGCACAGAAACCGAGCGCGGGAACGCCAUUAUCCGCCUUGCAACUAAGGCAGCCCUAAACCUACCCCGCAGCACUAGCACAGCCAACAUCCUUGCACUAGGCAUGCAUAACACGCUUCCUGAACUAGUUGAGGCGCACCUUCAGACGCAGUACUUAAGACUUGCCGCGAGUGCUGCUGGCCGCCAUAUCCUCGCCCCCCUUCGCUUCAACAAACCCGCUAAUCAGUCAGCCCUUAUAGCCAUUCCUCGACAC